GUGGUCACGUGUGUUUUGGAACCGUCUCGCGAAUGGAUUGGAACGAAAACACACCGCAUUAGUUUUUUCUUUUUUUUUUUUUUACUUCGACCCGUGGUGUUAAUAUAUUGUUUUUACGUUGAUGUUGUCUGAAUAGGAAGAUUGCCCGUGUAUAGCUUUUCUGGAUUUUGGUAAUAAAUUCGGCUAACGAGAGUCGCUCUUUAAACAUCUUUCACGAUGGUCUUUUUUACUUGCAACGGUUGUGGAGAGUCACUGAAAAAAGCCCAGGUUGACAAACAUGUAAGCAUUUGUCGGAGUUGCCAGGUUUUGUCGUGCAUCGACUGUGGAAAGGAUUUUUGGGGCGAUGACUACAAAGACCACGUUAAAUGCAUAAGUGAAGAUCAAAAGUACGGCGGCAAAAACUAUGAAGCCAAGGCAAACAAAGGAGACGUGAAACAGCAACAAUGGAUUCAGAGAGUCCACGACGCCAUCAAUAAACCUGGAAUCAAUCCAGGCCUAAAAAAUGUGCUGAAACAAGUCAGUGCGUACGACAAUGUCCCAAGAAAGAAAUCCAAGUUCGAGAACUGGAUGAGAAACAGUCUGAAGAUUUCAAAUUCUGGUCUGCACCAACAAGUGUGGGACAUCCUCAACACAGCCACUGAGAGCUCGCCUGAUGCUCAGAAGACACCAGCAGCUGAGGUCAAGACCAGUCCUAACGGGGAUGAAAAGCAGGUCUGUGACCCACCAGUUGAGAAAAAGAAAUUGAACAAACGAGAACGGAAAGAAGCCAGACAGUUAAAGAAUGGCAAGGUGCCUAAAGUGAAGGCUGUCAGUGAAGACCCAGAGGAAGACCAACCAGUGCAUAAGAAGAAGGAUAGGAAGAGGAAACGCAGUGCAGCGGAUGAUGAAAAUGAAGAGAAUGAGUGUAAUGGUGAUGCAGGGACAAUCAAGAAGGCCAAAGCAGAUGAUUUAGUGGCAGAUGAUUCGGAUGAUGCCCCUGCAGCCCCAAAAGGAAAGUUCAACUGGAAAGGAAAUAUCAAAGCAGUGCUGAGGGAAGCACCUGACCAGGAGCUGUCAUUGAAGAAGCUCAGAAAGAAGGUUCUGGCUGCGUACUACUCCUACACUGGUGAUGGAAACUUCAAAUCAGAAGAAGAGAUCCUGGCUCUUUUCAACAAGAAGAUCAACAAGAAUCCCAAAUUUAGACUCUUGAAAGAGAAAGUAAAACUUGUGAACUAAAGUUAUUCUUUUCUGUAAUUGUAUCAUGUUCUGGGACCAUAUCAGGUUCAACACUGGGAUAAAUCAGAUUAAACCCUUUUUUAACUAA